AUGUUUCAUUUAGAUGGAGAUGAUGAGAAUGAUGUAGAAGAGUUGGUUUCGGAUACCGACUCUUCCGAAGAAAUUUCAGAAAAAGACGAAUUUGAAGAUUCUACAAACGUAGAUGAAGCCAGGGAUGAUUUGGAACUAAAAGAUAGUUUAUCAGAGAUAGAUAAGAGUGUAGAUGUCUCAGAUUUGUCAAGUGUAAAAGAAAGAAUAGAAAUAAUAUGUGGAAUACUAGUAAAAUGGAAAGCAGUAUCGGAAUCCUCAAAUGUUACAAGAAAAAGAGAAUCUUUUGUAUCGGAGCUUAAGCAACUAGUUACAAUAUAUUACGGAUAUUCGGAAGAAUUGUCAGACUAUUUUUUUAAGUUAUUUAAUCCAACAGAGGCAAUACAAUUCUUUGAGGCAAAUGAACAGCCAUUACCGGUGACAAUAAGAACAAAUACACUAAAGACAAAAAGAAAGGAGUUGGCUGUAGCACUGAUAAAUAGAGGAGCGAAUGUGGAUCCAAUAGGAGAUUGGACGAGAGAAGGGUUGGUGGUCCAUUCCUCAAAAGUGCCAAUUGGAGCGACGCCAGAGUAUUUGGGAGGACAUUAUAUGUUGCAAUCAGCAUCGUCACUGAUCCCCGUGCUGGCACUGGGACCAAAACAAAACGAAAAGGUGCUGGAUAUGUGUGCUGCGCCAGGAGGUAAGACGACGCACAUAGCACAAUUCAUGAAUAACACGGGAAUACUAUUCGCAAACGACGCAAAUAAGGAAAGGUGCAAGUCACUAGUGUCAAACAUACACAGAAUGGGAAUAUUUAACACAAUCGUAUCGAACUAUAGCGGAAACGAUCUGCUAAAAGUACUACCAAAAAUGGACAGAAUAUUACUGGACGCACCAUGCUCAGGACUGGGCGUGAUAUCGAGAGACCCCUCGAUAAAGGUGAAGAGGGGAAUGAAGGACCUGCAAAAAAACUCAAACCUCCAAAAACAGCUAUUAGCAACAUGUGUGCAAUUGGUGAAGCCAAAAGGAGUGAUAGUGUAUUCGACCUGUAGUUUGUCAAUAGAGGAAAACGAGCAGGUUAUAAACUAUAUUCUCAGCCACUACAAGUCAGUAAAGUUAGUACCACUGGGUAUCGAUAUUGGAUCAGAGGCGUUCUCAACCUUCAGGGGUAAAAAUUUCCACCCAUCAAUAGGCAAGUAUGCAAGGAGGUUCUAUCCACACAGGCAUAACUUGGACGGAUUUUUUGUGGCCAAAUUAGUUAAGUCGGAAUCAGACGAAGGAAAAAGUAGUAAAAAUGUGGCCAAAAAGGAAGUAAAUGAAACAUCGAAGAAGGAACCUUUGAAAAAAACCAAAAAGGUAAAAAGUGAAUCUAAAAAAAAUAAAAAGGCAGUAAAACGUACGAUUAAGAAGGGACUUAAGUCCAAGGUUAAAGGCGGUGAUAAGGAAGUUAAGUUUAAUGAUGCUGAUAAGGAAGUUAAGUUUAAAGGUGGUAAUGAUGCUGUAAAACGUACGAAUAAGAAGGGAUCUAGGUCUGAGCUUAAAGGUGGUAGGGAAGUGUCUGCUGCUACUUAG